AUGUCUGGAUGCGCGAAUGCCGGUCAAGCUCUCACUAGAGGCUUGAAGCUGCACGCAUCCAGGUCCGCAUAUACGCUGCCCUUCCUAUACCAAACGCCAACACUGCGCCGCUACUAUAGCGCACUACAAGACCUGGCCAAAGAGAACGCCCCAAAGACCGCCCCGAACCUCAGAAUACCGAGACCACCUCGAGAGCCCGAACCCGCCACUCCAAGCAGAGAAGACAAGCCAGAAUACGAAGAAUAUGUCCCCUUCGACACUCCUGGAGCCGAAGAAUCAGCCGUCGUUCAAACCACCAUCCAAGGAGAGUCUCUGACAGGCACAGAGCGCAACGCCUUCGCCAAACUCGAGGCUCUAGGAACCGCUCCCACACGUCGGGCCGCCAGAAUAAGAAAACCAUCAACCGAGAAAGACAGCUUUGAAAAUCUGGACGACGUGCUCAACCAAGCAAUCACCGCCAUCGAAAUCAGCGAAGCCGCCGAACACAAACGAGAGCGCAAAGCCCCUUACAAAAAACCAAAGAGGUCCGAAUACGACAACCUCAAUCUGGUCUCGUCCGCUGCAGAACCGGAAAAGCCCGAUAAAGCAGCACAAGACGAGUCCGAUUCCGCACAUCUCAACCUCCAAGACAGCCUCACUCUGAAAUCUCUCCACAGAGCAACAACCGACACCGCCCUCUGGUCCAUCCUCGAAACCCGUCUGUUUUCCCAAAUCGCCUUGCUUCACUUGGACAGCUCAGCCCCUACCUCCUCCUCCUCCUCCUCCUCCUCAGCAACAAUAUCCCCCGAGCGCCGCCAUUUCCUCCUCCAAAUCUUUCCUCUGCGUCUCGUCUCCGCAGCCUCAUUGCUCCGAAACAACUUUCCAAACUCCAACCUCAUUCUCGCCAUCUUGCCUCGUGUAAAGCAGUUGGGAGAGUCAGCUUACGCGCUAGCCACCUCUCCAGACCUCUACAACCAACUCCUCGCCUUCCAAUUCCGCAAAUUCGCAGAUGUGGACGCUUGCAAUGACCUACUGCAGGAAAUGGACGAUAACGUCGUCGAACCCUCUUUCUCCACCUUGCGAGUGCUAGACUACAUGCUUCAGUUCCGGCAGGACAGCAUCGAAAAGAAUCUCCUCGGUUCCAACGUGAGAUCCCUCUUCACAACGGAAAAAUACCGCAGAGAAUUUGCGAUAUUGGAGAGGUGGAGGAGCAAGGUCGAGCAGAGUUUGGCCGAGCAGCAGAGCAGAUUGCAGAGAAAUGCUGACAAUGAAGAGAUGAGAUUGAGAGAAGAGCAGGAGGAACAAGGUCCCAUUCGCUACAUCGACACGCUGGACAAAAAGGACAAUGCCGAGAGAGCGCAGCUCAGGGAAAAAGGUGAUUACAGGGAAGCGCAGAAGUACAAGUUUGACAAGUUGAUCGAGUAG